GCCCAAACAUGCGCCGCUAUAAAGCUUUUUCGAAAGAGAUGUGUGAUCCUUCAGUGAAACAGGAUGCUGUUCUCAAUCGUAUUGGUUCUUGUAAGCACCUCUUGGCCGCUACUGGCAGAAGGUUGCGGGAGGCGCCCCGCGAGUUCUCGUGUCGUCAACGGUGCAAACGCCCCCCAGCACGCAUGGCCCUGGCAGAUAUCACUCCGCACUAACGGUCAGCACAUCUGCGGCGGAUCCCUCAUUACGCCGGAAUGGGUUUUGACAGCUGCACACUGCGUUGACCACUAUCCCUACCCCGGAGCAUACACUGUGGUGGUCGGUGCUCACUGGAAAUAUUAUCGCACUACCAAUGUCCAGCGGUCUUACCGUGUUGUUCAGCUGCACAGACAUGCUGAUUUCAGCAUGCGCCACUUCCGGAAUGACGUCACUCUUCUCAAGCUCUCCAACCCGAUUCAAUCCAGUCCUUAUGUGAAUACGGUUUGUCUGCCGCCACGUGGCAGCCGCAUCCCUGCCGGAAGCCGAUGUUACAUUACAGGAUGGGGCCGUACCGUAGGGGGAGGACAGGGUGCCGAAAUACUACAGCAGGCUAUGCUCCCCGUUGCCUACGACAACCACUGCAUGCAGCGAAACAAUCAGUUGAUGCGCGUCGACCCUGUAUCCAUGAUCUGCGCAGGCGGCCAGCGUGCGGCUGGCGGUUGCCAAGGCGACAGCGGUGGGCCUUUUGUGUGUAACGAGGGCGGCAAGUGGGUCCUGAGAGGGGCCGUCAGCUGGGGCCACGAAAUGUGCAGAACUGAUUACUACACUGUGUUCGCACGUGUCAGUUCGUUCAUUGAUUGGAUCAGACAGAGAGUAGGAGGAGGCAGUGGCAGCGGUGGUGGCGGUGCAUCGUGCAGCGACGGUGACCGGAGAUGUCCAGGAUGGAGUGGUUAUUGCCAAACCAAUUAUCGUGUCUGGAAUACCUGCCUUAGAACUUGUAGGCGAUGCUAAGUGAUCGAGGUAGCGUAUCAUUUAACAGGCAAAUACAAGCGUGGAUGUCAUUAUGAAUAAACGCAAGCAAAACAAAA